AUGUGCCAGGCUCAGUUAGAUCUGGUGAGGAAAAAGAUAAAGCAAGGUCCCUGCUGUGAAGGAAUUCAGUCUAAUGGGGAAGACAGAUAUUACUUGUUAAGAAAUGCCAUGUUUGAGCAAAAGUCAUCCGGGAAGGCACUGUUUAACCUGAGUUGCAGCCAUCUAAAUCUUGCUGAAAAGGAAUAUUUUGGAUUAGAAUUCUGUAGCCAUUCUGGAAAUAAUGUUUGGUUGGAACUUCUGAAGCCCAUUACAAAGCAAGUAAAAAUGGAUCCUGGACAUCUUCAAGAAGAGCUUACAAGGUAUCUUUUUACUCUUCAAAUAAAGAUGGAUUUGGCUCUAGGAAGGCUUCCAUGCAGUGACAACUGUACAGCAUUGAUGGUAUCUCACAUCUUACAAUCUUGUGGCAGAAGCCCAGCUGAAUCUGAUAUUCUUCUACUGGACAUAGCAAGAAAGCUGGAUAUGUAUGGCAUCAGGCCUCAUCCUGCCAGUGAUGGUGAAGGGAUGCAGAUCCACCUGGCUGUUGCUCACAUGGGAGUGCUGGUUUUACGGGGAAAUACAAAGAUUAAUACUUUCAACUGGGCUAAAAUCCGCAAGUUGAGCUUUAAGAGAAAGCAUUUUCUCAUCAAACUUCAUGCCAACAUCUUGGUGCUGUGCAAGGACACAUUGGAGUUCACCAUGGCCAGCCGAGAUGCCUGCAAGGCUUUCUGGAAGACUUGUGUGGAGUACCAUGCUUUCUUCAGACUCUCCGAAGAGCCUAAAUCAAAGCCUAAAACCCUACUCUGUAGCAAGGGUUCCAGUUUCCGCUAUAGUGGAAGAACCCAAAGGCAACUUUUAGAAUAUGGGAACAAAGAGAGGUUGAAGAGCUUACCAUUUGAAAGGAAACAUUAUCCAUCUCAAUACCAUGAACGACAGUGCAGGUCAUCACCAGACCUCCUCUCUGAUGUGUCGAAACAAGUGGAAGAAUUGAGACUAGCAUAUGGCAGUGGAUACUAUCGAAAUGUGAAUGGAGUGCAUGCAUCUGAGCCUGUGCUAGACAGUAGAAGGAGAAACUCUGCAGUGGAGGUGACAUUUGCAACUGAGCUGGAGUGUUCCAAACCAGAGGCAGAUCCCACAUCAUUACAUCAGUCCCAAAGCAGUUCUUCUUUCCCUUUUAUUUAUAUUGACCCUGUCUUUAUCACUGACCUUGAUCCAGAUACUGAUCCCAGAGACUACUUUGAGGAAAGAAGUACUCUAAGCUCCUUCCAAACAAGCUGUAAGUUUGCUGAUAAUCACAUGAGUGCAUCUUCUGGCCUUACAAGAAAAGUGAGCCCAGCAAGGCAGCUAACAUAUACAGAUGUGCCCUAUAUUCCUUGUACUGGUCAGCAGGUUGAUAUUAUGCCUCCUCAAAUCUUUUUUUAUGUGGACAAACCACCCCAGAUACCCAGACAAUCUCCAAUCAUGGCAGAGGAGAGGGAAAGGCCAGACAGUUGUCUGGAGCCCACUGCAAUGAAGCCAGCAAAAAGAAGCCCAAGAAAUAUCAGAAUGAAGAGCUUUCAGCAAGGUUUUCAAGAACUCCAAGAAGGUAUGGCCAGGACUAGUGGUAGGAGCAACAUCGAUGUAGAUCUAGAAGAAGAUCUGAAUUUAGAGGAUGCAUUUGCAUGUGACAUUCAAGAACAAACCCCUAAACGGUCCCAGAGCCAAUCAGACAUGAAAACUAUACGUUUUCCUUUUGGGUCAGAAUUUAGACCUUUAGGGCCUUGUCCUGCUCUGAGUCGUAAAGCUGACCUGUUUACACAUAUGUUUGCUGAGCAGGAGUUUCCAACAGUUCUAAUGGAUCAGCGAGCAGCAGAAAGGUAUGUAGCUAGUGAAUCUAGUGAUUCUGAAUCAGAGAUUCUUAAAUCAGACUAUUACUCUUUGUAUGGCAAAGGAAUGAGGUUGCCCAGGGCCAGAAUUCGCUUGUCUUCUGGUAGUCUACAGUUAGAUGAAGAAGAUGAAAAUAUUUCUUUCAAUACACUAACUGCUGAAGACAAGACUUUGCUAAAACCGUGUAAUUACUUUUUAGCUUAA